GAAAGACUCGCCCGCGGUCUGCGCAUGCGCGCUGGGGCUUUGGUCGCCUUGAGCCCGGAAGUAAAUACAAGAGGUAAACACGUGGCUUUUCGGGAACGUGAGUCGAUGAAACAGCAGAAUUAUACGAAUUAAAAAUUAGCAGAUUAUGGGCAAAUCCAAGCAGGUUGGCAAUCACAAAAAUGGCAAAAAGAAGAACAUUGCCAAGACGUGGAAGACAAAGCGACGGACGAAGGAUUUGGACCAAAUCCACUCGGACAUGAUCCCUAAAAAUGCAGCCAAACUCCUGAAGCAGGAAGUGGAUUAUGACGUCACAGGUUUCGCUCAGAACUACUGCCUGCACUGCGCGCGCUAUUUUGUUGACCUGAAGGCCCUGAAGGAGCAUUUCAAGACCAAAGUCCAUAAAAGACGGUUGAAGGAACUGAGAGAGGAGCCGUACAGUCAGGCCGAGGCAGAGAGAGCGGCGGGAAUGGGAUCUUACGUGGCACCUAAAAAGGUGGAAGUACACACACAGCAGGUGGAGGAGAACAUGGAGUGAACGCUGUAGCCGCAGUGAGAAGAUCACAUUCAGCCUCAGCAUUUAUCACUAACUGAAGCAGAAACGUCAGAGUCGGACUCCCAGGACACCUUGUGAGAAAGUCGGGCAACAACUGUAGUGGAGGAUUAUUGCAUUACACGUGUAUUACAGCGAGAAGCUCCUGACUGACAAAUCACACCGUAACACUGAACUGUGACCACAAACGGCUCCGAUUGUAAAUUCACAUGUAAAUAAAUGGUGAAAUCUGA